AUGACAACUAUAGACGCCGCCCAGGAAUUGAUGAACCCCUUCUCCAUUGAUAGCGAGAUUGGCGGACAUCCCGUAACCCUUGAAACCGGCCGACUGGCCCAGCAGGCUCACGGCGCCGUGACCGUCACCUGCGGAGAGACCAUCCUCCUGGCCACCGCCGUAAUGUCCGACCAGGCCCGCGAGGGGAUCGAUUUUCUGCCCCUGACGGUGGAGUUCGAAGAGCGGCUGUACGCCGUCGGCAAGAUCCCCGGCAGCUUCUUCCGGCGCGAGGGGAGACCCGGCACCGAGGCCAUCCUGUCCGCUCGCCUGACCGACCGCAGCAUCCGUCCGCUGUUCCCCAAGGGGAUACACAACGAAAUCCAGGUCAUCAUCACCGUGCUGUCCGUGGACGAAGAGCAUCCGCCCGAAACCUUGGGAAUGGUUGCCGCCUCGGCCGCGCUGUCCAUCAGCCAGAUCCCGUUCGAAGGGCCCAUCGGCGCCUGCCGCAUUACCUGGGAUGGCAGCAACUACGCGAUCAACCCCAGCUAUCAGAGCAGCAGCGCGGCGGCGCUCAACAUGAUAGUCGCCAGCAAUCGCGACGCCAUCAUGAUGGUUGAAGCGGGCUCGGUUGAGGUGUCCGAAGAAGUCAUCCUGGAGGGCAUCCGGCUGGCCCAUGAAAGCAACGUCGCGAUCAUCGAGAUGAUCGACAAGAUGGUGGCCGAACGCGGGACGGAGAAGAUCGUAGUCCAGUUCGACUACUCGGCCACCGACGAACGCCAGGGUAAAGUCGACGCCCUGGUCAACGGCCGCAUCUCCGAGGUUCUGGAACGCAACUCCUUCAAGAGCGAACGCGACUCCAGCCUUGAGGCUGUCGAGACGGAAGUGGCCGCGCAGCUGGCCGAAGACUAUUCCGCCCGCGAUAUUGCCGAGGCUUUCAAGAACCUGGUCAAGAAGGAAGUGCGCGGCCGCAUCCUCAACCAGAACGUGCGCCCCGACGGACGCAAGACCGACGAGAUCCGCCCCAUAACCUGCAGCGCGGGCGAACUGCCCCGCGCCCACGGCAGCGGCCUGUUCACCCGUGGCCAGACCCAGGUGCUCUCGAUUGCCACGCUGGCCUCGCUGUCCAUGAAGCAGACCCUGGACACCGUGGGUCCCGAGAACACCAAGCGGUUCAUGCACCACUACAACUUCCCCCCCUACAGCGUCGGCGAGGCCCGGCGAGUGGGUUCCCCGGGAAGGCGUGAAAUCGGACACGGCGCUCUCGCCGAACGGGCCCUCCUGGCCGCCCUGCCGUCCGAGGAAGAGUUCCCCUACACCGUGCGCGUGGUCAGCGAAGUGCUGGCCUCCAACGGCUCAACUUCGAUGGGCAGCGUUUGCGGCUCGUCCAUGGCCCUCAUGGACGCCGGCGUUCCCAUGCGAGCUCCCGUGGCCGGCAUCGCCAUGGGCCUGAUAACGGACGCCGACAGUGACCGUUAUGCCGUCCUCAGCGACAUCCAGGGCAUCGAGGACUUCCUGGGCGACAUGGACUUCAAGGUCGCCGGCACCGAGAAGGGCAUCAACGCCCUGCAGAUGGACGUCAAGAUCGACGGACUGACCCAGGAGCUCCUGAGCGAGGCCCUGGAGCAGGCCCGGGCCGGUCGCCUGCACAUCCUGGACCGCAUGUCCGAGGCCAUCUCGGAACCCCGCGCCCAGAUGAGCCGGUACGCUCCCAAGCUGGUCAGGAUGAAGAUCCCCGUCGAGAAGAUCGGCGCCCUCAUCGGUCCCGGCGGACGCGUUAUCCGCGCCAUCCAGGAGGAGACCGGCUGCGGCAUCGACGUGUCCGAUGACGGCGGCGUCAUCAUCUCUUCCAACGACCAGACCAUGAUCGAACUGGCGAGCAGCCGGGUGGACGGCCUGACCCGCGACCCCGAGGUGGGCGACAUCAUCACGGGCAAGAUCACCCGUACCACCAACUUCGGCGUCUUCGUCGAGCUCACCCCUGGCGGCAAGGACGGUCUGGUACGCAACGAGGACCUCGGCGACCUCGCCCACGAGAACGUGGACAUCGGGCAGGAAAUCACCGUGAUGAUCCACGAGAUCGACCACAUGGGCCGCAUCAACCUGUCGCGGCGCGCCCUCAUGGGCGACACCGAGCCACCGACUCCUCGUCCCGAACGCGGGGGGGUCGACGAUCGUGGUGACCGCGGACCGCGCGGCGGCUUCGGCGGCGGCGACCGUGGCGGACGCGGCGGUGGCGGCGGUGGCGGACGUGGCGGCUUCGGCGGCGGUGGCGGCGGCGGUGACCGUGGCGGACGUGGCGGCUUCGGUGGUGGUGGCGCAGGCGGCGGUGACCGUGGCGGACGCGGCGGCUUCGGCGGCGGUGGCGCAGGCGGCGGACGGGACCGUGACCGGUCCGGGCCUGGACGCGGCGGCUUCGGUGGCGGUAGCGGCGGUAGCGGUGGUAGCGGUGGGUGGUGGUGGUGA